AUGUCCCCCUUGGUUCAGAGAUUAAAAGUCGCUCCUCCCAGCGAUUUCUUUUACUCGCCAACUACUCCUUCGACAGAUGGACUAACUCCGAUUCCCACGGGCCCAUAUUUCUUCUAUGGAACUUUAUCGGACCCGUCUCUGCUUUCCGAGAUUUUGGAUCUGAGCAAAAACCCCGAACUCAAGCCUGCGUAUCUUGUCGGAUAUAGAUGUAUGAUGUGGGGUCAAUAUCCAGCGUUGAUGGACGCUCCGGGUAUGAUUGUUAAAGGUGUUGUCUAUCAUGUCUGUACACAGGAAGAUGGGGAGAAGCUUGCUACGUAUGAGACGAAUAGUUAUCGGGUUGAGGCAUGUCGCAUUAGAUACUUUGAUGAUAAAGAACCAUCUGAUAAUCUCGGGUAUACGUUCAAGUUUGCUGGUAAUGUUAAUGAUUUGGAGGAGGGUGAUUUCGACUUGACGGCCUGGCUGAGCAGAAUUGGGAGGGAAACUGCAGUGGACGGGCCUAUGGUUGCUAAGAAGGAGAGUGCAUCAUGCAGAGAGCAGACUUGA